AUGUUCAAGAUCCUGGGUACAAGAUAUCAAGAAAUAUCUGUACCCAAGGUCUUGCCAGUCACCGAUGAUAUCGAAGAAGAAAUAGAAGAAAUACAAAAUUAUGAUAAAACAGUUGCCAAACUGGGCCCGCGUGAUAUUCAAGAGUUUUAUAAUUCCUUUCAUAUUAAUAAUAAACAAAUCGAUACGCUUCAAGCAAUAAAUAAUGAAAGUUCUAAUGUCAGCCACGCGUUAUAUGUUAGUUCACUUGACGGAAAAUUAACUGCCAUUGAUGCAAAUAAUUAUGGUAGAGUAUUGUGGACGAUUGAUACUGGAUCAGCGUUGGUCGAUUCAAGUUUAAGUAAACUAGAGAUACUUCGUGAUGCAAUAUCAGUUCGUCUUAUUCCAUCGUUAUCAGGCGGUUUAUAUGAACGAUAUCCAGAUGGACAUGUUGAACCCUUACCCUUUAGUGCUGACUCCCUAUUAAGUGCCUCAUUUCGACUGGAUGAUGAUUCUGUUAUUGUGGGUGGAAAACAUAUCGAAACAUUGGGGUUAAACGUUCACACAGGAAGAAUUUUAUAUAUGACUUCAUCACUGCAUGGUUCAACACAUUAUGAAAAUAAAACUGAAACUCUCGAUAACGAAUAUAGUAGCUAUGAUCCACUCUUAGUUAUUAGACGUACAACACAAACGGUUCGUGCUGUUAGUGUAAGAAGUGGACAUGAAAAAUGGAAUUUCAGUGUUUCCAACAAUGAAUUAUUAUCAAUUAAAAGUCAUGAUGCAAAAUUGGAAAAACCCAUUCGUAACGAACCAAGUCGUAUGCUUCACAAUCGUUUGAACGAAAAUAUUCCACAAAUUGAAAGCGAUUCCGUAUUUCAAGGUUAUUUCAAAUAUCAACUACAAACAGGAGUGAUAAAUGCGUAUCAUCAUCAUAAUAAUGAACUGGUUUGGUCAAAAAUAUUGAAUGUUCCAAUAGCAGCUGUUUGGGAAAUGAAAAAUGGACAAUUGUAUCAAAAUGAUUUAUUUAACGUUGAACAUGAAGAUGAGAGACAUUCGAAUGAUAAUAGAGAAAAUCAAGCUUAUGAUAUGAAUCGGCGUUCAGCAUUUGUAGGUGAAUUUAAUUCAACGCCGUACGUUUUAGUCUCCCCCCACUUGCAAAAUGAACUUAUACAUCUGGCUAUGAGAAAUAAAAUAAAUACUCAUCGAGGUCCUCGUUUAUUACCAUGGAGAAAAGAGAACGAAAAACGAACUGUACUCGAUAUGUCAAACGAUAAACAUCCGAGAUCUGAUCUAUCUACAUGGGUUCGUCAUAAUAACAAUGAUAAUGAUUUAUCAACAUAUGACGGUCAACAUAAUUGGAAAUAUGCUCUAGCGCUAAGACAAGAGAAACAGCAACGAGGCGAUCAAGAUUUACCUCAAGAGGAAUCGUGUGAUAACGCCGGCUAUUUCACUCUACUUCAAAAAGAUAGCGAACAAAAACCACCGACGAAUGUUUUAUCAUUUCUGUUCCAUAAUGGAAGAGAUGAUGAUGAUGACUAUCAGAAUGAUAGGCACAAAUGGACGAAAACAAUAUCGAUAUCAACAGCGGUGAUUGCCGUUAUCAUUAUUAUACUUACAUUUGUAGUGAGAGACAGACACUCAAUUUGGAAUAAAUAUUUCCGACGUUCGCCAUCUACUAAUACGGCGACAGAAGAUCAAACAUCUGAGACAAUUGUGAACCAUUCCACUGAGAAUAACCAAGUAACGUCAACAAUUUUGCUGCAAACAACCUCACCGCCAUCGAACAUGGCAGCUACAUCGGAAGAAAAUCAAGAUAAAGAUACAUUCAGAUCACGAUAUUCUUUAGAAUUUGAGCACGUACGAUUUCUUGGAAAGGGUGGAUUUGGAAUUGUGUUUGAGGCUAUUAACAAAUUGGAUGAGAGAAAAGUGGCAAUUAAACGUGUUGCACUGAAAAAAGAGAAUGGAAAAGAACGUGCACAGAAAGAAAUCCGCUGUUUAGCUGUAUUAAAUCAUCCAAAUAUAAUUCAAUAUUAUUAUGCAUGGAAUGAGACAGCACCUAUUUCAUGGCAAGAUGAAGAAGAUAAACGUUUAAUGGCGAAAAAUCAAACAACAAGGGGUUCAGUCAGUUUUCCAACUGGUGGUAUUCAGUCAACGAUGGAUAGUGAUAAUAUUCAAUCAUUUUCAUUUAAAAUGCCGAAUUUAGUUGAAGUAAAUGGUACCAAUGACAAUGACAAUACACAAAAUUUAUUGGAACGUUCUAAUCCUCUACGUUUACAUGAAGAAUUUUCAUUAAACAAUAGUUUUUCAAAUGCAAUUCAAAAUAGCAACGAUGAUCAUGUUUUCACAUCCGAAGAUGAACACGAAGUUCAUGUGGAAAAACCUGAUGCGAACAACAACACCAAUCGUCAUCAUCGCGAUCGUCGAACAACAAAAAGUUGGAGUUCAAAAUCAUCUCAUAGCAUUUUAUCCACGCCUUCUUCGUCUGUCUCCUAUUCUCCUGUAUUUGAUCAUACUGAUCAUUCAUUGUCAUCAUCAACAUCGUCUGCUAGCUUGUCAAUCGAUGACAAUCAUAAUACCAAUAAAGAAAAUGAUACGGAUGGAUUUGAAUUUGAAUCAUCCUCAGCAUUGGAUAUAGAUAAAAAGAAGAAAAAUAAAACUGAUUUAAGUAAAUCCUCGAUUGUAACGAGCGAGAAAUCGGUCGAAGAGCAUGCAGUAGUAUCAAUAAACACAGCACCUUCAACACAUACCUAUUUUUAUUUUGUAAUGGAAUUAUGUAAACCAGAAUCGUUAAGAGAUUGUUUAUUGAAACAUAAAAUUGAUCGGCAACAUGCAUUGAACAUCUUUUAUCAAAUUAUUAAAGGAAUCGAAUAUAUACAUGAACAAAAAUUGAUUCACCGUGAUUUAAAACCGUCGAAUAUAUUAUUUUCAAUGGAUGAUACAGUGAAGAUUGGUGAUUUUGGCCUUGUAUCGGCAUUUGGUGAUGAUAAACAUGGUACAAAUAAGAAAAAAGGUCGAAAUUCUAUUCGAAUUGAAACAAUAUCUACUGGAAAUGAUGAAGUGGGUGGAACGAUGUUGUACAUGAGUCCAGAACAAAUAAAUCGUGAACAGUAUAACCAAAAAGUAGAUAUAUAUGCGAUGGGUAUCAUCCUAUUUGAAUUGCUAUACCCUUUUUCGACACAAAUGGAAAGAAUACAGGCCAUCACAAAUUUACGAUCACAAAAGCCAAAGUUUCCAGAUGAGUUUGAAAAUACAAAGAAAAAUAAAUCAUUGUGUUGUUUGACUCGUUGGCUAUUGUCAUAUUCCCCUCGAGAGCGUCCAAAAGCUUCCGAAUUGAGAAAUAAUAAAUUAUUUCAAAAAAUUUUACAAAUUGAAGCUUCCGAUUCACUUCAUGAUCUCGAUUCAACUGCUUAUAAUGAACUUUUGGGUACAAAACGUGAUCGCAUGUCAUCGUUAAGGCGAUCCUUUUCAUCUUCAUCGUUAUCGUUAAGUAUGCGAACCGAUUCCGAAACGAAUAGUCAAAUGACACCAACUACAACAAAAUCAGUAUCAUCUCUAACUCAUCGACAGCACCGUUCAGCAAUUUACACCAAUGAAUAUCAAACAACACCAACUAUUCGUGUGCAUCAUGCAGAUGAAAUCUCUAUAGGUGCCGAUACAGUUAACUAA